GCUCUAAUCAACCUCCCCUCUAUAAAAUACCCGCACCACUCUCGUUCACCCUCGCAACUACUCUGAACACUGUCUAUUUUCACUCCUUCUAGAUCCUUCUAUAAGCUUUAGAUAUGGCUAUCACAAUUGUAUCCGUCAAGGCCAGGCAGAUCUUCGACAGCCGUGGCAAUCCGACGGUCGAGGUUGACGUGAAAACAUCAGAUGAUCACUUGGCAAGAGCUGCUGUUCCAAGUGGUGCUUCAACUGGAAUUUAUGAGGCUCUUGAAUUAAGAGAUGGAGGCUCAGACUACCUUGGAAAAGGUGUAUUGAAGGCUGUUGAGAAUGUCAAUGCAAUCAUUGGUCCAGCUCUCAUUGGCAAGGACCCAACCAAGCAGACUGAAAUUGACAAUUUCAUGGUUCAACAACUUGACGGAACCGUAAAUGAGUGGGGUUGGUGCAAACAGAAGCUUGGAGCAAACGCCAUUUUGGCAGUGUCUCUUGCAGUCUGCAAAGCUGGUGCCCAUGUCAAGAAGAUUCCACUGUACAAGCAUAUUGCUGAACUUGCUGGUAACAAGAAGUUGGUGUUGCCAGUACCUGCUUUCAAUGUCAUCAAUGGUGGAUCACAUGCAGGCAACAAACUUGCUAUGCAGGAGUUUAUGAUUCUUCCUGUUGGAGCGUCUACUUUCAAUGAGGCCAUGAAGAUGGGUGUUGAAGUAUAUCACCAUUUGAAGGCUGUGAUUAAGAAGAAGUACGGUCAGGAUGCAACAAACGUUGGUGAUGAGGGUGGUUUUGCACCUAACAUUCAGGAAAACAAGGAAGGACUCGAGUUGCUCAAGACAGCCAUUGCCAAAGCUGGUUACACUGGCAAAGUUGUCAUUGGAAUGGAUGUUGCUGCAUCUGAGUUCUAUGGUUCAGAUAAGACAUAUGAUCUUAACUUCAAAGAAGAGAAAAAUGAUGGUUCACAAAAGAUCUCAGGAGAUGCAUUAAAAGAUCUUUACAAGUCAUUUGUUUCCGAGUAUCCUAUUGUGUCGAUCGAAGAUCCAUUUGACCAGGAUGACUGGGAGCACUAUGCCAAGAUGACUGGUGAAAUUGGAGCGAAUGUACAAAUUGUGGGAGAUGAUCUAUUGGUUACCAAUCCUAAGAGGGUUGAGAAGGCUAUCAAAGAGAAGAGUUGCAAUGCCCUUCUCCUCAAGGUCAACCAAAUUGGAUCUGUAACUGAGAGCAUUGAAGCAGUCAAGAUGUCCAAGAGAGCUGGGUGGGGAGUGAUGGCUAGCCACCGCAGUGGUGAGACUGAAGAUACUUUCAUUGCUGAUCUCUCAGUUGGCUUGGCCACGGGGCAAAUUAAGACUGGAGCACCAUGCAGGUCAGAGCGUCUUGCAAAGUACAAUCAGCUUCUGAGAAUUGAGGAAGAGCUUGGUGCUGAAGCAGUUUAUGCCGGAGCAAAUUUCCGCACUCCUGUUGAACCAUACUAGAGUUUGAGUGUUCGAUGAUAAACUGUUGUGAUAGAUAUGCUGGAGUUUUACUUUCACCUAAUAAGUUUAUUCUGUGUAGUACAGGUCGGCGGUUAGUUUUUACAUGAUCCAGAUCUUUUCUUAAUAAUUUUGAAAGGAGUUUUGUCUGAGAGUUUGAAAAGGUUGUUUCUGAAACU